CCUUACUCCCACAUUUCUGGUCAACAAGAACUUGAGGGCUGUGUUUAUGCCAGCACACCGGUCGUUUGUGAAGAAAGGACUGAACGACUUUUGACUUGACUCUCUGAGCGGCCUCUCGGGCCGCAGUUUUGAAAAUGGAACUACAGAAACUGCCUGGGCAACCAUAAGUGGGAGAAGUCAGGGGUGUUCGCAGCGAGUCAACCUAGUCUUGCCAGGCGGCUUUAGUCCAGCAUGUUGCGCGACCCAAUAACCUUGGGCUUAGCAACGGCAGCAACAUGGCUAUCGGUGGCGUCAGCGGUAACGCAGAUUUUGUGCCAUCUUCGGAAUUACACGGAGCCUCUCUAUCAGCGCUACAUCAUUCGCAUCAUCUUCCUGGUGCCGUUCUACGGCGUCACAUCAUGGCUAUCCAUCAUGUACCGCGAUGAGUCUAUCUACUUUGACGUGCCCCGUGACUGCUAUGAGGCUUGGGUGAUCUACAACUUCCUGUCACUGUGCAUGGCGUACGUUGGAGGACCGGGCGCGGUGGUGGUAAAGUCGGAGGGGAAGUACAUCAAGCCGUCAUGGGCGCUCAUGACGUGCUGCUGGCCGCCCAUUAAAGUGGACGGCUUCCUGCUGCGCAAGUGCAAGCAGGGCACGCUGCAGUUCGUGAUUGCAAAGCCCAUCCUGGCAGCGUUUACGCUCAUUCUGUUUGCCGCUGGCAUGUACGAGGACGGUGACUGGAGCAUCACAGGCGGGUACCUGUACAUUGCCAUCAUCUACAACACAUGCUACACCAUUGCCCUGUACUACCUGCUUAUCUUCUACGUUGGAUGCGAGGAGCUGCUUGAGCCGUACCGUCCGCUGUUGAAGAUCAUCCUCAUUAAAGCGGUCAUUUUCUUGACGUUCUGGCAGAGUAUCGCCAUCUCCAUGUUCUCGUCAAAGUUCACGGACCCAUCGGACGCGGCAGCGCUUCAGGACUGGAUGGUGUGCAUGGAGAUGCUCUUGUCGGCGGCGGGCAUGUGGGUUGCCUUCCCGCACACGGAGUAUAAGAUGGGCGGCCAGACCACCGGGUGGCGGCUGCACGCGUUCCUGCACGCCAUCAGUCUGCAGGACGUGUACAGUGACAUUAUGCACCAGUUUAACCCAAACUACAAGACGUACGUGCUGUACUCGGAUGGCGGUCCCAGCGAGAAUGUAAAGCGGAAAAAGUUCCGCGCGGGCGGCAAGAAGCAGACCCGCAAGCGGCUAUCCAAUUCCAAUCUGUCUUCGAUGGAGGAGGGCGCUGCCAGGGGGCGGACACGAGCGCGGGGCAGCAGCGGCGGCGGCCGACAACCAGUCAUUGGCACGGCGGACGACGAGGGCGAGGAGUGGAACCCGCCCCCUAAGGGGAGCAAGGCGGCCGCCAUCUUUGGCAAGCCCGGGACGGGCAAGGGCAUGCUGGGCUGGCUUCCCUCCAUCAGCGAGAAGGAGCGCAAGCAGGCGGUGCUCGUGGACUCAGAGUCGGAUGCGGAGUACGACGACGAUAACGAGCAGGAGACCGCCCUGGACCACACAAUGCUGGCUGCAUCCUCCGGGAGCGACGGGGAGGACCUGGCGCGGACGUCCCGCGGGCGCACCUCGUCCAACGGUGGACCCGCCAGCAGCACCGUGAGCCGCAGCCCCAGCCAGCGGCGUUCUUCAGGUGCGGGAGAUGAGGGCACGAACGCCUCCCCGGGCCAGCGCGGCGCGCGUGGGCCCAAGCAGCAGCUGCGCGCGGUGGGGCAGGCGGCCAACGUGGCGUUCAGGCGUAUCGAGUCCAUUGCACGCGACGCACGCGACGCGCUGCACCUGGAGGACUCGGAUGACGACGACCGCAUGCUAUAAGCAGUCGGUUUGAGUUGCGAUUAGCAUUUAUGAACAUGAGCGGGAGCCUUGAGGAAUGAACACGGCGUGCGUAUCUUGGUGUGCCAUGGUGGGAUCAAACGCGAUCGGCGCAAAGGACUUGCAGCGUUGGCGUGCUGCCGUAUGCCGGCAGGCGCGGCACCUUCGCAUGUUGGAUGACCGUCACGGGCCCCUGACAGGCCCUCAGGGACAGUGACCUGCAACAAGAGUUCUUGUGACCCUGUUACUUUCAUGCCAUGACCAACGUGGGUUGUUUGUACGCGACGGUGCGGGCGUGCCGGGCGGUGUUUCUGUGAUUCUGGACAACAAUAGUUCAUGAGCGAUGCAGUGUGAGUUACCGGUACUGACUGCAGGAUAAACAAAAUAGUCAGUGCUGGCCUCAGCCAUCGUGCAUGGCCUCUGUGUAACAUCCGCACAGC